AUGAAUUGUAUAAAAUGUAAAUUACCCAAGUAAUUUAUCGGUUACUUUAUUUUAUUAUCAACGACAGCCAUAUAAAAACAUAACCUAGUUAUUGUGACACUGACAGUCAUACUGUCAGUACAUAAAUUUAAAUUAAAUAGCUGAGUAAAUAAUUAUUAAUUAAUGGUGAUUAAUUAUUUGAUUAUAAAUAAUGGAUACAAAAGCUAUUGUUGUUCCUGGAGAAGCCCCAGAGUCAGAUGAAGAAACUCAUGAAAUUCCAAUAGGGUUUACUUUUAAAUACAUCAAAAACACAUCAGGGAAAAUAAUUUCUGGCGAGGCAACGGAAUCAGACGACGACGGGGCAAGUUGGAGCAGUGUCAGUGCAGCAAUUGACGCAACUACAUGUCCGCCUUACAUGGACAUCAAAUCAACCUCGAAAAAAAGUUCUAUAAAAUACAACAGUUUGCUCCAUAAAAAAUUACACGAAUGCAAUGAAUCUUUGAGGACCGAUAUAGUUGGUCUGACAGAGGGUACUAUAAAUGCUGGUAUUCAGGAGCUGAUGGGAAUAAACAAGCAGCUAGUGAAGAGUGAACUGACUGUACAAGAGGCUGCUUGUCAGCUUAGAAACGCCUCAGCACGUUGGAAUGAAGCAUCCAGUGCUCUUUUCCAGUUAAUUGAUGCUAAUUUUUUGAAUACCAUCAAAAUAUAA